AUGUCUAACUUGUAUGACGAAGCUUAUGAAUUCCUUUCAGAUGAAAAGGAUUUAGAGAGUACGGUUGUACUGAAAACAAAACUCGACGGCGAAGGUGAUGGUAAUGGUGAUAGUGAUUUUGAAACCACUACCGAUGAAGUAUCUCAUGAGGAACUCAAGUCUAUUUACCGUAAGAUUGACUGGAGAAUACUCACUCUACUCUGUGGAAUCUAUUUCUUCCAAUUUCUUGACAAAUCUCUUCUAAACUAUGCAGCUGUAAUGGGUAUCAAGAAGAACCUAAAGGGUAAUGAAUUCAGCAAUUUAGCUACUAUUUUGUACUGCUCCUACAUAGUAUUCGAACCAAUUUCGGCCUACUUGUUCCAAGUGCUCCCCCCAGCCAAGUUCUUUUCUGCGUGUAUUAUAUGCUGGGGGAUUGUCACCACAAUGACGUUGUUUUGUGAAAGUUAUGCAUCUUUGAUGGUCAUUAGAAUGCUUCUAGGAUGCUUUGAAGCUUGUGUAGCUCCUGGUUGUAUAUUGAUAACUGGAAUGUGGUGGACGCAUAAGCAGCAGUUGAAAAGAAUGGGGCUCUGGUCAAUCCAAGCUGGUACCUCCACAAUUGUCGGGGGGUUAUUAUCGUAUGCUUUCCAACAUGUGCACUCGACUCGGCAAUAUUUGGCAUCUUGGCAAAUCUUCUUUUUAAUUAUGGGUCUUGCGACUGUAAUAUUUGGAAUUGUAUGCUUGAUCUUUUUACCAGACAGUCCGACUAGAGCAAAAUUCUUAAACAACAGAGAGAAGAAAUUGGUUUUGGAACAUAUUAGAAAGAAUCAAACUGGGACUGAAAACAAGACGUUUAAAUCGUAUCAAUUGAAAGAACUUUUAUAUAAGGACAAGCAAACAUGGCCCAUGAUCAUCCUAACGAUCAUUAGCAUGGUCCCUACUGGAGCUGUGGGUACUUUUAGUGUUACAAUUAUAUCCACAUUUGGAUUCUCGUCUGAGGUGACAGCGCUUGUCCAGAUGCCAGUCGGAGUUUCCACCAUUAUUAGUAUUGUGGGAGCAACCUACCUCUGUGCGUACUUCAAUGGAAAACAUAGAGCUUUCAUUUUUAUUUCUUUGCUUGUACCAGCUAUCAUUGGUUAUAUUGUGUUGCUUUCAAGCUACGAAAAGGUUGGAAACUUAUUAUCUGUUUAUUUGAUAAACACAGGAACUUGUGUCAUUACUAUGAUUUACUCUUGGAAUGGUGCCAACACCGCUGGCCACACUAAAAGAUUGGCUCGAAACUGCUUGACAAUGGUUGGAUUUGCCAUUGGAAAUUUGAUAGGACCUCAGUUAUUCAAGGCAAAGGAUUACCCUCAUUACAGACCUGCAAAGAUUACAUUGUUGGUGUUAACAGUCGUUUCCAUUCCGUUGGUAUUACUUGUUAGGUACAUCUCUCAAUUGGAAAAUAUAAAGAGAGAUAGAUUAGCGGAGGAGACACUUAGCCAAUGGGCACAAGAAGUAGGUCCUAACUAUGAAUUUAAAGAUUUGACUGAUAUUGAAAACUUGACCUUUAGAUACCAGUAUUAG